CGACAUCAAGUCAAGAACAUGGCCGAGAAAGCCCACGGAUAUGGAUGGUCGUUCACGUAGACGGAUGAUCCCUCGUAUAAUUUAUUUGCUUUCCAUCUUUCUCCACCUUCUUCCCCACUUGAAAAACCCUUUCGUCCUCUCUCGCCUUUACUUCUUCUUCUUCUUCCUCCUCCUCCUCCCACUACUGGCAGUGCGGCUGAGGGCAUCCCGUGCCUGGCCACUCGCCUUCUGACAUGUGGGCAGGAGGUGGUGGGUCCCGUCCGGGUCGUCUCAGAUUCCCUUCUUGAUUGAACAAGACGAAGCAGGGCAAGUGGGUCGUCUUGAUCUUCUCUCGCUGACGCAGAAGAGCGAAAAGAAAAAUGGCCAAGGACAGGGACGAGCCCAGGACAGCUCCUCAGCCCGAUCGCUGGUACAAUCUGACCCUCGGCCCCUCCUUCAAGCACGAUUCUCCCAACAAGUACUGUACCCUCCGAUAUGAAUUUAAACCUGCUUCUAUCGAUAAGACGAAGCUGGGUACGCUGCAAAAGAAUAAGGAGAAUCGGGUUUCUGUGGAGUUUCAAAAUAAUCAACUAGGAAGGGCCAAAGUGGCAUUUGAGGGUAGUAGUGAAGAUUACAAGGAGCACGAUGCUGCGUUGUUCUUCGAUGGUGAGACCUUCCGAUUGGAACGACUCCAUCGAGCUGUGAAGCAGCUGCGUCACGUUCGCCUUCCUGGUGAGUCUGUGGCGGCUGCUUCUUCUGCCGCUUCUGCAGCCGUUCAUUCUGGGCCAGCAGUAGAGCCUCGGUUAUCUCCUGUGGCAAAGGUUGGAAAACCAUUGCAUUCGUCUCGAAAUACAUUUCCAGCCGUUCCGGUUGAGGUGGAACGGAUUGAUAUUGGCGAGCCUCAGAAUCCAGGUCCAAAACCUGCAGCGAAGGGAGCUGCUACUCAUUCACCCUAUCCAUCAAGUGCACCCGCUGCCUCUCCAGGCCCCCAAAAUUACGAAGCUGAGGAAAAUCAAGACAUAGACAUCGACGAACUCUUUGGCAUCGGAUCGCCAGACAACGAAACUAAUGCUGAACAAAAGGUCGAGUUUGGAUCUGAUGCCAAUGAGCCACGUCACAAUGAUUCAGAUGACGAGAUCGCUGAUGUGGACGAUAGUGGCGACGAAGGGCACAAGGGCCAGAAUGCAGCAGAUGCCCUGAGAGCUCAACUCAAUGCAGAGGGCAGGGACGGUCAGACGUCUUCAUCCGGCAGUAGCAGCGGGAGCGGUAGUGGUAGCGGGAGCAGCAGCAGCAGUGACAGCGAUGCGAGUGAUGACAACUCGGUCAACUCUGUCUGAGAGGCACCGGAUAUCAAGUUACAAGGUGUAAAGGAAUACAGUCAUAUGAUAGCGAUAUCUUAAUAAGCCAUCCUGGUUUUUGACGGUGUUGGAACGUGAUGCUCAUAAGCUUUCUUUUCUUUGGUGGGGAAAAAGUUUGUCUCUCCACCAUGGCGCGCCCUUCUCAGUUGCAUUAGCUAAAGCGUGAAAAUAAACAAGCGGAGAUGAUUUUGACAGAAUGCUCACUCGCAAAUUCUCUUGUUAUCCUAGUGCCGACUCAGAUAUUUUCACUUGCAUUUA